AUGUGCAUCGCCAUCAUUACCACCGCCCACCCGCAGUACCCCUUCAUCCUCCUCAACAACCGAGAUGAAUAUCUCCACCGCCCCACCGCUCCCGCCCAGUGGUGGGCAGAGCCGCACUCGCACGUCCUGGGCGGCUACGACCUGCACCGGCCCGUCCACGGCACCUGGCUGGGCAUCACGCGCCAGGGCCGCAUCGCCGUGCUGACCAACUUCCGCGAGGAGGGCGCCGCCAUCAUCCAGGACGAGCGCAGCCGCGGCGCCAUCCCCAUCGCCUGGCUGACCACGCCGCCGGACUCCGACGAGAGCACCGCCGACUUCGCUCAGCGCCUCGUCGAUGAGGGAACCCUCAAGCACGUUGGCGGCUUCAGCAUGCUGUAUGGCCGCCUGCAGGACGUCGUGAAGACCCAACAGCACGAUGCCGCUGCCCCAACAAACGGCAACGGCCCCGUCCAUAACAAGGGUCUCGCCAUCGUCUCCAACCGCACGCCCGAUGUCAAAGGCCUGAUCUGGCUGGCCGGUAAGCCCGGUGAGACGCGCGCUCUGAGCAAUUCGCACUACGGCGACAACUCGUGGCCCAAGAUCGUGCAAGGCGAAGCCAGCCUGCGCGCCGCUGUCGACGACAACGUCAGCGCCGCCGGCGAGCCGCAGGAGGCACUGCUGGAGCGUCUGUUUGCUGUGCUGAGCGCCGACACGAUGCCGCGCCAGCGCAACGGCGAGGAGUGGGAGACGUACCUGCGCCAGCUGCGCAACAGCAUCUUCAUCCCCGGCAUCGGCCACGACGCCACGGUGGACCAGAAGCCGGCAGACGCCGUGGCUGCCGCGACUGGCGUGGAGUCGGUCAGCGCGACAAGUGGCAUCUAUGGCACGCAGAAGCAGACGGUCAUUCUGGUGGAUCGGGAGGGGAAGGUCACGUUCGUGGAGAGGACCUUGUACGACCACGAGGGGAAACCGGUGAAGGGCGGGAAGGAGGACAGAAGAUUUGACUUUCAAAUUGAAGGAUGGUAA